AUGCUCUUACCACACACAGCUCUUUUGCUUGUACUUACCCAACAUGUUCUCGCACAAACUGGGAAUGCCAGAGGGUCUGAUUUUCUCCGGUUCGGGUGCUCGCAGUUGGUAGUUGAGCGGACCGAUCCGCUCGUCACGCCAGGUCAGGUCCCAUCACCACAUAUGCAUCAAAUAGUCGGAGGGAAUGCCUUUAAUGCCAGCGUAUUUCUCCAUCUUCUCUUCUCUCCCCUUUUCCUUCCCUCCUAUCCUCCCAUCCUCCCAUCCUCCCAUACUACCCCCAAAUACGCCCAAACACACUAA